GGACCGGAGGAGGGCACGGUGAGAGCUCGCACUAUCCUUCUUGACUCGUACGAAUUUCAUGAGAUUUCGUACUUAUCAAUUUCAAGAGAUCUUUGCAUUGCAAAGAAUUCCACGUGUAAUUCCGUGUCGGGAAGGGAAGCAAAUGAGAGCGUGUGCGCGUGUCGUCGCUGUCAAGCAAAGCACACAAGAGGCCGCUUCAAGUGAUGAUCCAUCCCAAUUCCCACCCCCGAAGCAAAAGCCCACUUCCUCCUCGUCCUCGCCCCACUAGGCAGGCCUUCCUUCUUCCUCCCCAGCGACGCGACGCGACCCGGCGGAGGAGGAUGUGCGAGGGGAGGCGGCUGGGCGACGCGGCCCGGCCGGCGUGGGCGGAGCUGCGGAGGAGGGAGGCCGCGGCGGACGCGCGCCUGGCGGCGGCGCGGGCGCGCCUCGCCGAGGCGCUGGCGGAGCUGGAGCGGGCCCGGGCGCGCGCCGCCGAGCUGCAGCGCAGGCUGGAGGAGACCUACGGCAAGCGCCGCCGCCUCAAGCGGGUGGCGGCCGCCGCGCGCGACCGGAUCCACGAGACCCGCGCGCGACUCCAGGAGCAGCAGCAGGACCAGCAGCUCCCAGCCGAAUCCGAUCCCACCUCAUAGGGGCGAGUUGCAGCUGGAGGAUGAUGCCGUCUGUGGCAGGAUGAUCAGCUGGAUGCUGCACGAUUACUCGUCUACUUUUUCUCUUUUUAGGCUUUGUAAUAUACAGGACGAAUGUUCUAGUCAUUCGCUGAAAUGAACUAAAAGUUAGUAGCGACAGCACUGUAAUCUCUAGACCUGAAAUCUCCAGUGGCCAUUCCAUAAGAAAAAAAAAGAGAGAGUAUCUUCAGUGGCCAUUGCCCA